AGUCACACGUAUACUAUGUUUCAACCCGGCACAUCAAUUUUUAUUAAACUGGUCAAAAGCAAACCAGUACUAUACGACGCAAGUCAUAGAGAUUACAAGAAUGUGCACCUUAAGAAUAAAAUAUGGGAGGAAAUUGGCGGAAAAGUUGACAUGUCCGGAGAGUUUGCCAAAAUGAAAUGGAAAAACCUGCGAGACACGUACAUAAAGUAUUUGAAAACUAACCAGGCAACGUCAAUACGCGGUCUUGAGACAUCAAGCUAUAACCGUUACGGCAAAUGGCAGUGGGCUUCAAGCAUGUCGUUUAUAAAAUACCACACUGGUGUACUGAAUGACUCAACUCGAGAAUUAGGAGCAGCAAAUUAUAAAGACACUGAACAAGAGUCAGACAAAGAAGAGGAAAACACUGCUUCGACAAGCAACAUCUUUACAAGUAACAAAGUAUUCUAUAAUACCAGAAAAAGGUCUAAUUGUAUCACUGACUCCCCACCACCUACUCAAACAUCGAAUAGUUUAACAUCCACUGAACAUAUUAUGAUAGGAUAUGCAAAAGCUAUUGAUAACUUCAGUUCGAAACGCAGACAAAUUUUAACCAAGAUGAAGAUAGCUAAUAUAAUUAUGGAAGCUGAAUUAGAAGAUGAACAAGAAAGAGCAAAUGAUGUAUCUAAUAUGAUAAUAUCUGAUAGUGACGAUUCUGUAGAUCCUAGUGCCAGUAAAAGCGAUCAUUUAAGAAAGUUUCGACAGACUGUGGGUUCAGAUUAUAGUAAUAGUUUUUCUCCGGUCGAUUCGCCAAUACAAUUGUCUGAUCCCAAAAAAGACAUUGAAAAAGUCAAUGUAGAAGCUGAUGACCCUUUAGUAGAUGUUAAAUGUAAAAUUGAAAUUGAAGAUACUCAAUUGCAAUGAUAAUAGUAGUAGUGAGACCAGCUAGGUUAUUCUAUAAGAUGUUAAUUCGAACUCUUGAUGUGAGUUUGAGCGCGGUCCGCCAUUAGUCGUAAGAAUAAUCUCGAUCAUUAACGGGCGAGAUUGCGAUCAAGCUCAGUUCAAGAGUUCGAAUUGACUUUGACUUUGUGAAUUUAAUAAGUGAGGCGCCUUUUGAGACAGAGCCUAUCUUCAGAAAAAAAAAUUAUUUUGAAAA